AUGGCUGCCAUACGGCGUUCAAACUCGUCUAAUAUCGGCAGGCUGCUCCUCAAUGGCAAAUACUCAGACCUGCUGCUUCGGUGCAACGGCAUUGAGUUGAGAGCCCACCGCGUCAUCGUCUGCACUCAAUCGGCAUGGUUUGAUCAGGCCUGCAGUGGCGCAUUCCAGGACGAAUACGAGCGCAUCAUUGACUUUCCCGAUGAGCGCCCCGAAAUUCUAUACAAACUACUAGAGUUCCUGUACACUGAGGACGUCAAAGACGUCGACUUUUUCGACAAUGGCCAGAUCAUCACUCGAGGCCCCUCCAACUCGUCUACCUCUUCAUCUUCCAACCGCUCCAUCGCCGGCGGGGGCGGUGGUCUGGGAUUUCAGCUAGCCAUUGCUGGCCUCCCGCCGGACGAGCACGACCAUUCGUACUCGUAUCAGUGCCACAGCAAUCAACCCCUCCGCCGUCACCACUCGGUCCUGACAACCCGUCGGCCAUCCACAUGGACCCCAUCUCCUGUCACACCUGCGUUCGUCUCGCCCACCUACAGCCCUUCACCACCACCACCCGCUAGUGCGACGCCAGCGACGACGACGACGACGACGACGGCGGCGGCGACGACUGCCGCGUUCCUGACCUCGCCUUGGAACGAGUGGGCGCACCUGCAGCAGUCUGGAGCAGGCACCGAGGGCAACGCCGCCGCAGCGGACGACGAGGGCCAGGACGCCGUGGCCACUCUGUACACGUACCUCCGGCUUUACGUCGCCGCGGGGAGGUAUACGAUCCCGCAGCUGGGCGGGCUGGCUCUGGACCGCUUCUCCCGGAUUGUCAGAGGUCACUGGAUGACGGUCGCCUACUGGGCGUCGGACCAUCGGACAAGAGACUUGCUGACGGAGCUGUUCGAGACGACGGCCGAGUGGCCGGAGGACAAUCUGAGGAGGCUGGUGUACGAUCUCGUGGCGGGCUGUUAUAGAGAUUGCAGAAGGAAUCUCAGGGACGUCAUGCUGAGGUUCCCCGAGUUUGCCGUUGGAGUCCUGGAUCGGCUGGCCGAGGCUGGGGACGGGGACGACGACGGCCGGCGUGGGAUAGAGAAUAUGAGGCGGCUCACGGUUCUGCCUCGUUGUUAA